GCAACAGUGAUGCUGACAGAACAACUGUUUUCGAGGAACUAUUUCUUUUUUGUUUUGAAUCAAAUAUACUGAAGUGUUAUGUAAAUAGAGGAGAACAAUGAGUGAUAAAAGCGAAGAUGACGAAAGACCUCACGAAAGUGAUUCAGUUAUUCAUGCCAUUGCUCCACAGCUGUCUCACGAAGAAAAUCAACAAGUGGACGUCUUGUCCAGUCCAGCUUUUCAAUGUUUAGACGAACUGUUUCGCCAAGGUGAACUAGAUGGACAAAAAUUAGCAAAGUUAAAGUCUACAUACACAGCCCAUCAUGAUUUGCUGCAGAUGACAAGAGAAACUGAAAGAAGUUUGCUGACUCAAGCAAAAGAUCUGCAUCAGGAGGUUGAAAAGCAAAGAUCAGAGCUGGAAAUAUGCGAUAACUUUCCGGAAGGAGAUGUUACUGAAGUCAGCAGAUUGCGUCAGGAACUCCUCAAACAUUCUAAUGAACUUGCUCUAGCAGAUGAACGACAGUACCAGUUAAAUUUUAUUUUGGAUGGUUUAAAAGAAGAGAAAACUAUGUUAGAAAGAGAGUAUGCACGCAUGCCCAAAGAAGAAGAAAUUGACAAGCAAGUAAAUGAACUAAAAAAAUCGAUAGAAGAGAUAAAAAUUGAAGGUAAAAGAAAUCAUGAGACAAAGACUUUGAAAGAUGAGAUAGAGGCGAGAGGUCAUGAGGUUAAAAAGCUUCAAAAUGAGGCUGAUAAAGGUUCAUAUGAAGAACAAAAUCUAAAGUCACAAUUAUUAGAAGUACAUUCACAGCCUGGUCACCUGUUGAAACAAGUUGAUCUGUUGUCACGACAGUUAAAGGAAACUGAGGAAAAAAUAAAAUCCUAUGAAUCUAAUAUUUCCGAUGUAAAUGAAGAGCUUCAGUUAUUGGAAAAAAGAAAGCAAAAGUUAGAUGAUGAAAAAGUGGAGCUCUCGAUUGCACUAGAUAGACAACGACAUGCAAACGAAUCAAAAGAACGUGAUAUAGAUGUAUAUGCAAAAGAUCUGGAGUUUUCUAAAGAAAAGCAGACUGAGCUAUUUGGAGAUAAAGCUACCAUUGAUGUCACUAUGAAACAUAUUUUAAUCGAUAUGAAGACAGAACAUGACAUGCAAUGUCGAAAAUUACGUGAGAAAGACAAAGAUCUAAAAAACUUAAAAAAGUCCGAACUUCAACUUAAAGUUGCCAAUGAUGGACUAGAUGAAGUGAAACAAAUAUAUACUAAGGUGAAAUCUCACGUGGACAGUGAACCCAAAGAUGAUGGCACAAUGUUUCAAAAAAGAAAGGAUUUACAAAAGGAAGUUAAUAUUGCCAAAAAAAUGCUGGCACAACAAAAUGGAUAUACCUCACAUGAGCGCGCCAGAGUUGAACAAAUGAUCCUGGAACAGGAAAUCCUUCUUCGUAAUCAAUCCAACUUGCGACUCGAUGUUGUUGAUCUAAAGCGAUUGGCCACAAUAAAAGCUGACGAAAGAGAAAGCAAAGCUCGAGACUUUGUGAGAGCUGAGUUAAGAUACCAGAGAGCUCAUAAAGACGUAAAGACUAAAAACCUUCAGAUCCAAGAUAGCUCAAAGAAGUACACUGAAAUGCAACAUAAAUUGACAGACUUCGCCAAGCUGUAUGAUGUAAUAAAGAAUGAAAGAAAUAAAUGCGUUAAUCUCAUACAGACUAGUACUCAGAGAGCUUCAGAAAUGCGCGAGAAAAUCAAGAUCUUGCACAAUGAGAUUGAGAUAUUAAGAUCCAAAGUAAACUCAAAAGAUAGAUUGCUGCAGAAAUCUCACUUAAAGAAAAACAACGCAAUUUCAAUACGUGAUAGUUUGAGAAACGAAGUAAGCAAGCAAUGUGGAAUUGCUGAUGAAAAUAAGGAGAAACGAGAGCAAAAGCGUUUAGAUAUAUCAAAACUGAACGAAUUAAUUAAUAAAGCCGAAGAAGAUAUGGUUCAGCUUAGAAAACGUUAUGAACAAUGCAUUCAACAAAGAAAUGACAGGGGAAUAAUGCUGAUUGAACGUAAUGAGGAAGUUUGCGUUUUCUACGAGAAACUAAAUGUUCAAGAGACGCUACUUCGUAAUGGAGACAUCGAACUUCGAACUAGAGAAGAAGAAGUCCGCAUUCUUGAGCUAGAGGUCGCCGAAUUGAAACGUUUAAUCACUGUGGCAAAGAAGGCACUACCGAAAAAGAAAUCGUUAGAUGAUGAACUUGUGACAGCACAAAUCCAACUUCUUCUUUGUCGCGAUCACUUAUUGGACUUGGAGAAAAAGCUGGAAACACCGUCUGUAGACGGUCGUAUAAGAGUGCUGAAAGGGGAUGAUCCAAAACCAGACGAAUUGACUGCUAAAAUAGAAGAGUUAGAAGUUCGUCUCGCUAAUAAAGAGGAGAAACUUCUCGAGAAAGCAUUGAUUUAUGAAGAAGUAAACAGACUUUCAGAGCGGACGAAGAAAAAAGCAGAUACAGGGAAAGAAGAUACGCUCAACCUCGCGAAAAAGGUUAACGAGUUGCAAGCAAAGAUUAAAGCAUCAACAAGAAAAAUGAUGGCAAUUGUAUCGGAGCUUUCGAUGAAUCAAGCGAAUGCGAUGAAACUGCAGCAAGAAGUGAAAGAAAAGGAAUCUUUACUUGAACAAUGUUACGCUCGAUUAGAGAGAGGAGAACCACCAGACGACGAUGCCGAGAAAACAUGGCUGAAAAUGCUGAAGAAUGAACAGCAAAAAAAACAAGAAAAAAUGCGCAGAUUGGAGGUUGAGGCUCUCCAGGAGCAGUACAAAAUUGCAGGCGAUGUAUAUACGACAGCUGAGCCUCGUCCUAAUGCAUACAUACCUGACGAUAAAGCUGAGCUACCAAUACCUCGACCGUAUGGCGCACUUGCUCCUUUCAAACCAUCUGAGCCAGGUUCCUCAAUGAGGCAUGUUCGAAAACCUGUAAUAAAACCCAUUGAAAUUUAGAUGGCGUUCAUCUCGUAAAGAUUCACUUUUGGCACUUUAUUAUUUUAUUGUAUCACUGGAAAUAACGUAAAUGCAUUUGUUAUUUUACUUAUUUGAUAUAUUACCAUAACAAAUGUGCCAUAUUUUAUUAGUUACAGUCGCAGUAUGUAGGUACAAAGCAAAGUAAAUUCGUGUGAUGUAUUGUGGUGGUAUAACUGACCAUAACAGAA